UAUUUACACAACCUGCGAAGAGGUGAAGUUUUCUAAGUAAAUUUGCAAGAAGAAUUGACAAUGGCAUCAAUGAACAACAAGAAACAUGUUUAAGUUUUGGCUCUUUAUUUGCUUGGGGUGAACUCAGAUAGGACAGCGAACAUGUUGGUGUGUGCAAGUAUGGAAUGACGAAUGAAAUCUGGAAUGUAAAAUAUAAUUUUAAUGAAAUAUAAAUUAAAAUAUUAGCAAAGUAAAUCACACAUUGAAAAUUAUAUUAUUAAAGAAAAAGGUAGAAAAAAAUGGAUCUUUAAAGAAUUUAAAAUUUCCAUUUGAAUAACCAUUAAUUUAUAAAAGGUAGAAAAAAAAAGCAAUGGCAGUGGAAGUAGAUUAGUUGUCUAGUUCAUUAAAAAAACAGAAGAAGAAGAAGAAGGAGAAGGAGAAGGAAGUAGACUAGUCGGCAGACUCGUGGGAUAGUAGAAAUCUCUUACUAUUUAAUUUUUGUUAGAAAAAGUAAAGCAGCUUUGUUCAAAGGGAAGAAGAAAAGAAAGUCGCUGUAUUUUCUGCCUCUUAAAUAAAAUAAUAAGAGACAAGAGCCACUGGAGCCUCGAGGAGGAGGAGCAGGAGGACGCAGUAAUAAAACCCCCCCAAAAAGUCCAAGAGUUUGAAGUGAGAUAUUUUUAUGUUAAAAAAACAACAAGCGGUGAUGGAGGAGUAGGAACUCAACCGUGGCCGAAAAAGGAAUGGAGUCUGAAACGGCGUCUUCGGCUGAUGAACAAGUUAGCGGUGGUGGUGGUGGAGGAGGAGGAGGUGCGUCGGCGGGAGCUGAUACGAGAGGAAAACAUCGGAUUCUUGCUGAACUAAAGCGCGUGGAGCAAGAAAUGAAGUUUUUGGAGGAAGAGUUGGAGGAGCUCGAAAAGACAGAUAAUGUAUCAACUGUGUGUGAAGAGUUGCUGCGCAAUGUGGAGAACAUACCCGAUCCACUUCUCUCACUAACAAAUGGCCCUGCAAACCCAUUGUGGGACCGAUGGUUUGAGGGGCCUCAGAAAUCACAAGGUUGCGUGUGCAGGAUACUCUGAUUUGUAACAUUUGUUGCUGGAAGCUUCAAGACUGUUAUCUAACAGAUUUGUGAAAAUAUGACAGCACGAUUAUUAUUUUAGCGAAUGGUCAAUGAAUUUUCCCACUGCAAUAGAGAAAUUUUGGGUUUUGACAA